GGUUUGUUGUUGCACAACAUGGAGAAAUAACCGGGAGAAAGGAGAGGACUGACCAGUGACCACGAGACAAGAAGGUGGAUAACAUUCCAUGUUCUUUGGUUAAACUUGUUAUGCUGAUAAUAAAGGACAAAAGCUUGAUAUCAAUUCUGAAGUGGAUCAGACUUGUCAACUGACAAUGGAUGGUGACCAUGAAGCUGAAGAAAGUGAAAAAGUUAGAAGCUAUGGUAUUGAAAUAGACCGUCAGAAGAUCAAGAGGAUUCCUGAAAAUGAGCAAAGUACUGCCUUGAAAGACUUGGGUGUUAGCAUUUAUGAGCAAGAAGAAUUUGAAGAGAGUGUGCUUCAGCAAGUUGAUGAUGCCAUUGAAGAACAGAAAAGAAGGAUUUCAAUCAAAGCAGCAGAAAAGAAUCUACAAAAUAUAAAAGAUGAUAUCAAAUCAGCUGAAGCAGAGAUAGAGAAAGUAGAAAAAGCAAUAUCUGCAUGUCAAGGUGCUGCCUCUAAUGACUAUCAUGUUAAAAGGAGUUUGGCCUCUUUAAACAGCCAUAAAGAAACGAAGGUAAAGCAGCUUGAGAGGCUUCGUGCCAGAGAAAAAUAUGCUUGCAAAGACCUUGACGAGCUUAUUUCAAAGAUCAAUGAGAAUAAAGUUGAUGGUUCUGUUAAAGAGCACAGAAAUUUUGAUUUGGAAGAAUUUGGAAUGGUCGACUUCGAAGGUACGAAAGAGUUACAUACAGAAUUUCACGUGAACAAACCUUCGACCUCUAAACAGAGUCAAGAGGAAAGUUUUGAGCAAGAUGAUUUUGUUAAUAAAUAUGACAGAAUCAAACGAAGAAAAAGGCAGCUAGAUAUUCGAAAUGAGUUCAGCGAUAGUUAUUCAUCAUCAGAAGAGUAUAUCCCAUACCCAGACGAAGUAAGUGACGAUCUAACAAGUGAAGAAGAUGAAGAAGAUAAUAAUCUAAGAUCCAAAGCCACCUACGUCCCUAAAAAGAAACAAAAACAAGAAAUAGGAAUGCACCACCAGGCAAUGAAAGCAAAGCUUAAAUCUAAAAAGUCUAAAACACCAAAGAAAGUUGUUGACGAUGGAAAUAUAAUUGCAUACCAACAACGAAUUAAAGAACUGAGGCUGAAAAACCGUCUUAAAAAGACGGGUAGUCUCGAUACAGUUGCAGAUUCUGAUUUAAGUGAAGACGAAGAAAACGAUGACAAAGAGAUCGCAUUAAAAGGAGGAUUCAGUCUCCCUGUUAAGUUAUGGAGGAAACUUUACAAGUAUCAACGGACUGGUGUUAAGUGGCUUUGGGAGCUUCACUGUCAGGAUGUUGGAGGCAUAUUAGGGGACGAAAUGGGGCUGGGAAAAACCAUCCAAAUUAUCGCAUUUUUAACUGGCCUUAGGAAUUUGCUGCAUAAAGAUAACAGGUUUGGACCGACAAUUAUCGUAUCACCAGCAACUGUACUUCAUCAGUGGGUUAAAGAAUUCCACAAGUGGUCUCCUGAGUUCAGAGUUGCAGUUCUUCAUGAAACUGGUUCUUUCCUUGGUCGAAGGGAAGCUCUCAUAAACCACAUUGCGAAGGACAAAGGUGUGGUUGUGACGUCAUACACAAACCUGCGAAUUCACCAAGAUGAGCUGCUUCGAUAUCAGUGGGAAUACAUAAUUUUGGAUGAGGGACAUAAAAUUAGAAAUCCGGAUGCGGAAAUCACUCUUACCUGUAAGCAGUUUGCAACUUCUCAUCGCCUCAUUCUGUCUGGAUCCCCACUGCAAAAUAACCUCAGAGAGCUGUGGUCCUUGUUCGAUUUCAUAUACCCUGGCAAACUGGGGACCCUUCCGGUGUUUAUGUCGGAGUUCGCAGUGCCGAUAACUGCAGGUGGAUAUGCCAAUGCAACUGAUGUCCAAGUUCAAAUAGCCUACAAAUGCGCCUGUGUUUUAAGAGACACUAUCAGUCCUUAUUUACUGCGACGAAUGAAGAAAGAUGUAAACACGAGUCUUAAUCUGCCAACUAAGAACGAACAGGUGCUGUUUUGUCGUUUGACGGAAGAGCAAAGGGAUUUGUACAAACGAUAUAUCAAUUCAAGAGAUGUCGUUUCAAUUCUAUCUGGAAAGAUGAAGGUUUUCCCUGGACUGAUUAUGCUACGGAAGAUAUGCAAUCAUCCAGAUUUGUCUAGUUCUGCUGGAUCACUUGACUGGAUGAAUUCAACAAAAGAAUCUGCUGAAUCUGAAACAAAUGUCGAUGGCAAACCUGGAGGUGAUUAUGGAUUCUGGAAACGGUCAGGGAAAAUGAUAGUUGUAGAAUCCCUUUUGCGAUUAUGGAAAGAACAGAACCACAAAGUAUUAUUGUUUUCCCAAACAAGACAGAUGCUGGACAUUUUGGAAUCGUUUGUCAAGGAAUCGUCUUAUUCCUACCUACGAAUGGAUGGCUCCACAUCUGUUGGAUCACGGCAACCUUUGAUUGAAAAGUUCAACCAGGACAAAUCAAUUUUUGUAUUUUUACUUACUACUCGCGUGGGUGGCCUUGGUGUCAACCUGGUCGGUUCUAAUCGUGUGAUUAUUUUCGAUCCGGACUGGAAUCCGAGUACAGACACACAGGCCAGAGAGCGCUCAUGGAGGAUAGGACAAGAGAGGCAUGUUACCAUUUACAGGCUGCUAACAACCGGGACUAUUGAAGAGAAAAUCUACCAUAGGCAAAUAUUCAAACAAUUUCUCACCAAUCGGGUUUUGAAAAAUCCAGCGCAAAGAAGGUUUUUCAAGUCAAAUGACCUCUAUGAACUGUUUUGUUUGGGAGACGAAGGACCCCGGAAUAACACAGAGACGAAUGCAAUUUUUGCAGGCACUGGGUCAGAAAUAAAACUUGGGGGAAACAAGGAUAAAUUGCAAAAAGUAGGAAGUAAAGCAGUAAAGAAAAUAAAAAAAGACAUAAGGACAAAUAUUACGAAAAAGUCAAAACAGAGAUUUGUUAAAGAAACAUCGUCAACUGUUAUUUCAACCGAAGAUCCGGAGAAUCUCGAUAAAAAACAAAGAGAAAGGACUCAAACAGAUAAAAUACAAAAGGACACCUCGAACUGUCAAAAAGAUGUUUGGUCGAUAAGAGGGGAUGACAUUCCUGCUCAAUGUGAGAUGAUUUCAAAAGAUGGUGUUGUAGGCGAAGAUGCAGGUAAUGCAGAUUCAAAAAUUGCGGAUAAGUUUAUUUGCACACCUCGAAACAUCUCUGAGAAUGGAGAAGCUAGUGAGCUUCCACAAAAAGACUCUGAGACUGAGAAAAACUUGAUCUUAGCAAAGAACUCGAUUCAAGCUAGUAGUUCAAAGAGAUGUAUAAUUGAACAAGGAAAGAAGAAAAAGAAGAAACGAAAGCGCAAAAAUGCAGAAGUCGAAGGGACAGAAAUAGACUUUUUAGAUAAAAACACGCGGCAUCAGCACAAAGAUGAAGAACAAGAUGUUAAGAAAAAGGAUGAAGAUGUCUUAAUGGCAAUAUUUGAUAAAACAGGUGUACACAGUGCUUUGAAGCAUGACAAAAUAGAAGAAUCAGGAAACCCAGAUUAUGUUCUCGUAGAAAACGAAGCAAAGCGUGUGGCGAAACAUGCUGCCGAUGCUCUUCGAAAGUCUCGCGCUUUGUGUCGAAACGCCGAAAUUGGGGUCCCUACCUGGACGGGGAAUAACGGAUCAGCUGGGCUUACAUCAAAGAAACCCCGGUUCGGAAUGAAACGAAAAUCUCUUGUGCAGAAUACUAGUGAUUCUUCAACUUCUAAAAAGACCUCUUUCGAUGGCUCAGAGUUAAUAGAGAAAGCAAAUACUGAAGACUUGUCAUCGGCAAGUUUGUUGAAUAAAAUGCGAGCUCGUAAGGCACUUGAAGGACGUUCAGCGGAGGCAGAAUUGGACCAUAAUCAGUAUCGUAUUCAAGGUCAAGCAUACGGUUCGGAAGAAGAAGAACUAAUUAAAGAGAUCAGGCAUUUCGUUGCACUACGAGCAAAACAUACAGGGCAGGCAACGACGCAAGAAAUCUUGAAAGAGUUCAAAGCGAAAAUUGAUGGACACAAAAAUGCUCUUUUUAAAGAGAUGCUCAAGCACGUUUGCUAUUUUAGAAAAGAAAACGGGGAGGGUACCUGGUUUCUAAAGGAAGAAUACAAUUAGCUUACUUUUGUAACAGCAUUAUUUUAAUAUUGCCGUUAUGCUAACAGUGGAUAUAAUCUUAGAAGACCCAAGGAUGCUUAGCCACGACACAGAAUCAAAGUUCCGACCCAUUCAGAUCCUGCUUACACCACGGCUGCUCUACUGCUCUGUUUUUCCUUUCACAAAACAACGACUUCACAUCUUAGAUUUAGUUGGAAAUAAUAUAUAAUAGUUUUUAUCUCUUAACAGCAUUGUGUUUCGUCAAUCUAAACAGUUAUUGGUAUAUAAUAUUUUGUUUAAUGUUCAGUUAAACUGUUUAUUUGAAAACUAAGAUGUCACCAGAGCGAAAAAAUUUUUUUUUGUUUAUCACUCUGAGUAGCAAGAACUCGUUUUGUGAGGCUGGGAAACAGCGGCUUAUCUGGUGAACCAUUUGCCUUAGUCUCUCUUAAUGCAUAUCUAAAAUCCAUUUAUCCUACCUUAAAGCCCCGUUUUUAUCAUUUUCGGAAAAAUCGUGCUUUCAAGCCUUUCAAGCCUGGUUUUACUUUAUCAGAGUUUGUCUUUGAAAAAAGCAAACAUUUGAGUAAACUAAAGCUUUCGUCUGACACUCUUCAGAGUUUAAAACGUCAGAACAUAGAUCGAAAACUCUACGCUAGGAAAUAUAUAUACCCAGUUGUGGAUCGAAAUAGGCCAAUCAGAAACGCGAGCACUGUUGAGAUGACUGUUGAGGUUGACCAAUCAGUGCCGCUUGCCUAUUGAGAAUGUUACCAAUGGAGUCCUAAGAUGAAAACGAACUCCUUUUGUCUACAAAAUAGCGGUUUUUUCGUGCUAAUGUAGAUAGAUUCCAAAACUGCUAGAUGGAAUGACGAACGGGCUUUACCAAUAAUACGAAACAUGUCGCCAUUAUAGUUUGCACUCCUACCUCACAAAAGAGUCCCGUUUAGAUCUGUGUUGGACCCCAUUAUAUCGAAGUACUAUGAAUAAUUUUCAACCAUAUUGCCCUAUGGGUGCAAGCAAGUGACGGUUUCAAGUUGAACAUUUCUCGACUGCUAAUAGGAAGCACUGAAACUGGGAGGAUUAAUGCGAAAAGCUUCACUGAGAUGUAACGACUGAGUACUGUGAAUUUUGCAGAUAUCUUGUCUCUGCGGACUUUUUGUUCUGUUUGUAUGCCAAUAUUUCUCAAAAUGUGUUAAGUUAAGAGACAGUUGUCCCCGACCCCCUAUAAUUUCUUCCACUUAUGUAGUGCUAGGAAUUGAGAUGACGACCCAAAAUAUGGCAGGUAUAAGAAAAAUAUUGGAGCAAUCUCAGCCUCUGUCCCUCAACCCUGUGCUCCAUGUCUCCAUAAUUUAGUCCCAGAAAUGUAGUUCAAAUCUAGGCACAGAAAUGUUUAUUUGAGAUCCACUCAAUCUGCGCCACCACAUUGGUCUACAAUACUUUACACCUAGUUACUUCAGGCUCUGGUACCUAGGGUACUGUCCCUCAUCUCUUAUAACCAUGUAUUCUGUAACCUGCGUGCAGACUUAACAGGCUAUGUAUCCUGUGCUUUGACCCUAGCUGGAUUUUGUCAACCGUUUUGUUCAGUUGACCAUAGUAUCUCUAUGGCUGCUCCAUGGAAACAGAGGACCCUUCGCCAUUGAUUAUUCACAAUAGGCAACGUCAUAUAUUUGCUAAUCUAAGUGAGGCUGCAUUGCAAAUAGUAAUUAUGCUUUUGUCGGGCAGUAAGUAGAUGUCUGUAUGUCUGUAACUAAGCAUCCUAAGAUAAAGGACCUUUGAUGACUCUAUAGCAGGUCUACGUCAUUUCUAUGCCCACGUCAAAAUUGUCAACGAUAAUUUGAUAUGGUAUUUGAAUAUAAUAAAGAGAAAUAAUGGUAUUCCCGGAAUUUUUGCACGCCUAGUGAUUUUGUCAUGGGAAAUUUUGGGAGCAUGGGCUCUCAGAGCCUUGUUAUUUGUUCUGCGUCAGCCUCGAAAAGAAAUUUCCUUGCCGAUGGGUUUAUAUCCAAUUUAAUUUCUUGUUGAAUAAGAAAUAAUUACUUCAGAAGCAAAAUUUACUCCUUUUUGACGAUCUUCAAGUAAAGAGAGAGUUGAUCUUUGAAGUACAUUUUCCCUAACGUAGUGAAGCACUGAAUAAAUAACGUUAAAGUGAAGAAACAGUUUUGAGAAUCUUGAUCUCUGUAUUGAAUGCUAACACUAAUUUUUUAUAAGAAAUAUAAGUCGAGUACCCCCAGACAUUGAGUACUGUACCCCCAGUAAGCUCCACUAUUCAUUACUUCUUCGACGUUUCUUAUUUUGUUGUUAUUGAUCCGUCUCUGACUCCUUAUGAGAGACUGUGAUUAUGUGCGACUGAUUUGCGUUGCUUGGUGAGUAUCUCAAGAUUAAAAUUUUGUGUUGUUGUCUCGUUUUUAAGGCUUUGUCCUGGUUACGGCUCCAGCAAAAGGAUGCCCACAUUGGUAGGGCACUGGCAUGUCACAACACGAAGAGGGCAUUUGAACAUCGAGUCACUUGGUGCUUCCUGUGACGUAUGGCAGGCGGUUCAGAGUUACCAUGCCCUCAAGCCGCCACUUCCGUAAAUUCGACACCAACUGAUAUGAUAGUCAAUCAUUUCAUUAGAAAUAGUCCGCAGGGCAUCUGACGAAGAGGGACGUUAAAUUUUCCCUUGGCCCCCUCCACUUUUCAACCUGCGUCGGAGCCAAUGGUCCGUUAUAAAGGUAAUUCGAAAUGUAGUACUGUACUGUACUCGAAAGGUAGUACUGUACUCGAAAGUAAUGCUUCAGACAACCUAAUCGAAAAACCACCUUCUUUCGAAACAAGAAAUAUAAACCUUGAAUUUUAUCUGAUAGGAUUCAAUUGUUUGGUUGCGCCUAGUGGUCUUGGAGAAUGGCUAUCAAAACAAG